AUGGUUUCCAGGAACGCCGGCACCGGCGCCGCCGCAGCCAUGUUCCCUCUCGCGCCUCCGCCGCCACUCGUAUUCCCGUUCCCGCCGCCAGCGCUGCACGCUGCUCCCGUCCAGUUCAUGGCCCCCGCUGCACAAUUUCUGCCUUCGCUGCCGCACGCCACCGUCCCGUAUUAUGGCGGAGUCGUCCGCCCUGCUACCGCGGCGGCCACCACGCUGAAUAUUCUCCAGAUCAGGUCGGUCACGGCGACGAACUUCGAAGCGGAGGUGGAGCUGAUCGGCUCCCUCCUUCCGAGGUUCCCCUUCGUCGUAGUGGACACGGAGUACCCGGGCAACGUCCACCGCCCGCCCGCCGGGCGGCGCGACGGCGAUCUCGCCCCGGACGAGCGGUACGCGCUGGUCAAGGCAAACGUCGACGAGCUGCCCAUCGUGCAGCUCGGGGUGACGCUCUGCGACGAGCAGGGGAACCUCCCCGUUCUCCUCGAUAGCAAUGGCCGUCCCGUCUUCGAGCUCGCAUGGGAGGUCAACUUCUCGGACUUCGACGUCUACCGCGACCGCCACGCCCCCGAGUCCGUCGCGUUCCUGCGGUCGCAUGGCAUCGACUUCGACCUGGCGCGCGCGUACGGCAUCAGCUCAUUGGAGUUCGCCGACAAGCUCGUCCGCGUCCUGUCGUCGCAGCGGUGGGACGAGCUGACAUGGGCGGCGUUCGGCGGGGCUUAUGACUUCGGGUACCUGGUGAAGAUGUUAACCGGCGGGCGGCAGCUGCCGGAGACCAGGGAGGAGUUCAUUGUGCAGGCAAGGGAGCUCCUCGGCGGACGAGUGUUCGACGCAAAGUACAUGGCGGAACACUGCGGCCGCGCGGACCUCCGUGGCUACGGCCUGAAGCGCGUGGCCGCCAGCCUGGGCGUGCCGCAGCACUUCCCGCCGCCGUGCCUUGCCGGUCCGAAGAGCCAUGUAGCCUGCCGCAUCUAUACAGUGAUGAGGAGGCGCGUCCUGUACCAUGACGGCGGCGCCUGCCAUGAAGGACUCAUCCAUGGCCUGCACUGA